GGCGGCCUUGCCUCAUUGUUGCGCUGGAAAUUGCUGCCCAAGAUGCCGGAGGAGAAGAAGUCGGCUCCGAAGAAGGGCGCCAAGAAGGCCAUGAACAAGACGCCGGUGAAGGGCGGCAAGAAGCGGAGGAAGCUGAGGAAGGAGAGCUACUCCAUCUACAUCUACAAGGUGAUGAAGCAGGUCCACCCCGACACCGGCAUCUCCUCCAAGGCCAUGAGCAUCAUGAACUCGUUCGUCAACGACAUUUUCGAGCGCAUCGCCGGCGAGGCGUCCCGCCUGGCCCACUACAACAAGCGCUCCACCAUCAGCUCCCGGGAGAUCCAGACGGCCGUGCGCCUGCUGCUGCCCGGCGAGCUGGCCAAGCACGCCGUGUCGGAGGGCACCAAGGCGGUGACCAAGUACACCAGCUCCAAGUGAGGCUGGGCUGCUCCGGAACUGUCUAGUUGAGAAUCCCCUCUGUAUUUUUAUUCCCGGAAUUAUCUCACGGACUGAUUGCCGUUCGCAGUUGUUUUUGAAGGAAGGAGCCGGUGCCGUGAUUGUGUUGUCUGAAAGGCUCCCGGCAAUGCCGUGUGGCUGCUCUGCGGCUGCGGGCCGCUUUUACUCUUGUCAGUGUUCAUUGUGACUGUUGUUCAUUAAACUAGACCCUUUUCUCUA